GAGAGAACGGAGACUUUAGGGGGAAUGUGAAAUUUAGGGAAGAUCCCUCUUUCCCUCAACUGCUGACGCGGAUGGGGUCUGUAUGCGAGACGACGCCGCUGACAAUCGAAAUCCAAUCCAACCAUGUUGUCUUGGAUUACAACUAUUUUGACCAUUCUUGCGGUAGCACAAUGUUUCUUUACAGAGGAAAAUUAUACCGAAGAGACACAGAUGCAGCCGCCCACGGUCGUAAUAGCAAUAAUCGCACGUAACGCCGCUCAUUCUUUACCUUACUACCUCGGAGCUCUGGAGAGACUAAACUAUCCCAAAGAGCGUAUCUCUAUCUGGGCAGCGACAGACCACAACAUUGACAACACAACAGCAAUCCUGCGAGAAUGGCUCACCAUCAUGCAAACCCAAUAUCACUUUGUAGAGUGGAGACCAAUGGAUAAACCCAAGGCCUAUACAGGUGAGCUGGGGCCCAAGCACUGGACAAACGGCCGCUAUGAACAUAUUAUGAAGCUCAAACAGGCAGCGCUGAACUUCGCCAAGAGACGCUGGGCUGACUACAUUCUGUAUUCAGACACAGAUAACAUCUUGACCAACCCUGACACACUGCACCUCCUCAUGGCGGAGAAUAAGUCUGUUAUCGCCCCCAUGCUGGACUCACAAUCAGCAUACUCCAACUACUGGUGUGGCAUCACCCCACAGGGUUACUACCGUCGUACUGCUGAAUAUUUUCCAACAAAACAACGCCAGAAACUGGGCUGCUACCCUGUGCCGAUGGUUCACUCCACUGUUCUGCUGGAUCUCCGCAAAGAGGGCACCAAGAAAGUGGCCUUCCACCCUCCUCACAAAGACUACUCUUGGCCCUUUGACGACAUCAUUGUUUUUGCCUUCUCUUGCAGAAUAUCCGAGGUUCAGAUGUACCUGUGCAACAAAAAGCGUUAUGGGUAUCUGAACAUACCUGCAAAGCCUCAUCAGACCAUGGAGGACGAUCAAAUACAUUUUGUCCACCUGUACCUGGAAUCUUUGAUCAAUGGGCCGCCCAUGUACGUCUCUCGCCAUGUUCAUGUUCCACCCAAAAAGUCAGACCUCAUGAAAUUUGAUGAGAUUUACUUGAUAAACCUUCGCAGACGUCCAUCCCGAAGGGAUAGGAUGUUGUGGUCGCUGUAUGAGCUAGAGAUUGAUGCUAAAGUAGUGGACGCUGUAGAUGGGGCAGCUCUGAACAGCAGCGAUAUAAAAAUUCUAGGCGUUGAUCUCUUACCUGGUUACUACGACCCCUUCUCUGGCCGCACUCUGACCAAGGGAGAGGUGGGCUGCUUCCUGAGCCACUACUAUAUCUGGAAAGAGAUGGUAGACAUGCAGCUUGACAAGGCGCUGAUUUUUGAGGAUGAUGUACGUUUUCAAGCCAACUUCAAGCGACGGCUAAUGCGAGUAAUGGAGGAAGUGGAGCAGGUAGAGCUGGACUGGGACAUCAUAUACCUUGGUAGGAAGCAGGUGAACCCUGGAGAGGAGGUUGCAGUGGAAAAUGUGAGGAAUCUAGUGCAUGCUGAUUACUCGUACUGGACUCUGUCUUACGCCAUCAGUCUCCAGGGAGCUCAGAAGUUGCUUAAUGCUGAACCGCUAUCCAAGAUGCUUCCAGUGGAUGAGUUUUUUCCCAUCAUGUAUGACAAGCACCCCAAUGAGGACUACAAAUCCCACUUCCCCAACCGGAAUCUGAUGGCAUAUUCCACAAACCCCCUUCUGGUUCAGCCCUGUCACUACGCCGGGGACUCUGAGUGGGUGAGCGACACUGAGACCUCUACGCUGUGGGAUGAUGACAAUGUGCGCACAGAUUGGAGGGGGUCACAUAAAACUCUCAAGGGCUCCCAGCCACCAGCUGGUCUGCAGAGCGCCACCUACAAGGACGAGUUGUGAAGUACAACCCAAAAGCCCCGUCAGUGUCCAUUUUCUAGGAGUGGAUAGAUCAGACUGAGUGAGCAGCUCAUUAUAAGGGCUAAUGUCACUCAAUAUGGAGAUCUUAAGAAUGUGGAAGAGACAAGGGAGACCUGGGACCAAAACUGGGAACCUUUACAACUAGUGGUUCAAGGGAAAGCUUGAUCAUUCUUUUAAAUUUGACCACAAUGAAAAAGAGAUGUUGUUGAAAUGUUGUUUUUUCUGUUAAAUUACAUGGGAGCAUCUAUAACAGUGUGCCGUUCUCUUCUUGUUUUAUGAAUUAUGACCAACAUGCUCAGACAAUCGAACAAACAUAGGUCAGAUGUGUGUAUUUGAAUUGUUUGUGCAUGUAUGUGCAUGUGAGUGAAUGUGUGGUGUGUUGUUUUGGCAUUUAUGGUGCAUUUUUGCUGUUGAAAUUCUCUGUUCUUAUAUUAUUUUCUUAUUUAUUUCACUUCCCUGUCAUAUUCCUUUUCUGUGUCGCUCCAUAAUGAACAGCAAGACCAAUUUGUUUGACAUGACAAGAAUGUGUAUGUCAGUUUUGUUAAAUGCUGUUUAAUCAAUUAAAAGUUUAUGAAAAUUGACAAAGCUGGAUCCCAGUCACAAUAGGAAAAAUGUGUAAAUUGUUCUGGCAUACUGUAUCUGGUUCAAAGAUUUCAUUAUGAAAAAUACAUUUAAUCAAAAUCAUGUGGUAAAAAAUAGACAAACAUAUUUAUUCAUGGUUUCAUUUUUAAUGUGACUUAAAAAGGGAAAGCAUUGAUUAUCUACUUAGACACACUGCAAGGCAAUUUCACUCCAUUUCUAGCAGAGGCUUAUUGGAACAAUAACAAGUCACAACUGGUGCAUCUCUAUCACCAUCUAUUGGUUAAACUACAAAAGCACAACAACCACAAACUUGUAUUCCUUUACUGCAGCAGGUCAUGUUAUGAGAGAGGAUAUAUCAGUGAUUAAUUAAAUAUUCUGCAUUUGUUCUGAUUUAUGAUUUAUUUUUACUCACUGAUGAUGAUGAUGAUGUUGGGCAACAUCGAUCUAUAAAAUAAAACAAAAAAAUAUUU